AUGUCAUCGUCUUCAAGCAGCAAUGUGAGACUGUGUGGAUGUGGACAUCCGGUUGGCCUAUGGACGGCAUGUACUGGGAUUUCUAUUUGCAAGAAACCACCAGCGACUAAAAAACUUAACAUGAAACGAUAUGAAGAGAAGAAAGUCGAGUCACAAGCGAAAGAAGUCAAGUUUCCAUGUGAAGCUGGUAUUGGAUUUAAGAAAAGAAAAGGUAUUUCAACAUCUAUUGAAAGAGCUUUUGGUGUUGAAAUUAGGGACCCACUCGAUCAAGAAAUAGCAAGGAUGUUUUAUACCGGAGGUUUACCUUUUAAUCUUGCAAGAAAUCCACACUAUCUCAGGGCUUUUCAGUUUUCUGCUAACAACAAAAUUGUUGGUGAUGGCUGGAGUGAUCCUACAAGAAAACCUCUAAUCAAUUUCAUGGCUACAUCAGGUAAUGGUCCUUUGUUUCUAAAGGUUGUGAACUGUUUUGAGGAAGUAAAAGAUAGAUUUUAUAUUGUUGAAUUAACGAAAGAAGUCGUCGAUGAAAUUGGUCAUCAAAAUGUUGUGCAAAUCAUUACUAACAAUGCAGCAAAUUGUAAGGCGGUUGGAGAGAUUAUAGAGAGUCAGUUUCCUCACAUCUAUUGGACACCAUGUGUUGUUCAUACACUUAAUCUUGCUUUGAAGAACAUUUGUCCACCAAGGAAUGUGGAAACAAAUGAACUAACAUAUGAACAAUAUUAUAGUGAUGCAUGGUUACUUGAGGAUUCUACAAGAUGUGCUCCACAUAGGGAUGGAGAAAUUUCACAAGAAAGGAUGAAAUGUCUUCGAAGGUUGUUUCCUAAUGAUGAUGAGUAUAGCAAAGUCCUUGAUGAGUAUGCAAUGUUUUCAAUAAAGAGUGGUCCUUUUGAGGAUUUAACAAGAAUUUCAAAGAUGGCUAUUAUGGGACCCAAGAAUUGGUGGGUUAACUUUGGUGCUCAAACUCCUUUUCUCCAGACUUUGGCUCUUAGAUUACUUGGAAAAUCUAGUUCUUCUUCUUGUGUUGAGCGUAAUUGGAGUACUUAUGCAUUUAUUCACUCACUUAAGAGGAACAAGUUGACUACAAGUCGUGCUCAAGACUUGGUUUACAUCCACAAUAAUCUCCGACUUUUGUCAAGGAAUCCGAAUGAUGAUGUAAAGAUGUGGGAUGUUGGUGGAGAUGCUUUUGAUUCAAUGGAAGAUGUAGGGUUUUUGGAGGUUACCGAUCUCUCACUAGAUGAGCCGGAUUUUGAAAAUGAUUUGAUUAUUGAUAAUUAA